AUAACACAAAGAAACAGAAACACCAUAUAUAUUUAUAUACACAAAGCCUCCAUUGUUAUACCUUGAUAAAUCUUACACGCAAAAGUUAAAUCUUCAACUUAACAGGAAAGAUCAAUUUAAAAACACAAAUCUUAGAUUUUUAUUUUUAUUUUUUCUGUUUCUGAGAAAAACCCACAAAGAAAAGAAUUUUUUUAACCUCUUUUUUUGUGAUUAUGCUUCCAAGACACUAUUUUUCUUUGUUUAGAUAAAUUAGUUGAUGUUUUAAAGCAAAACCCAGAAAGGAUUUAACUGUGUUUUAGCUUAAUUUGGUAGUGAUGGAGCUUAAAAGGAGGAAAAGCUCAGUUCUUUAUGUUUCUUUAGGGUUUUUGGUUGCGUGUUUGAUGGUUUCUAGUUGUGUAGGGAGAUUUGUUGUGGAAAAGAAUAGCUUAAGGGUAACAUCGCCUGAUAAAAUAAAGGGUACUUAUGAUAGUGCAAUUGGGAAUUUUGGAAUACCACAAUAUGGAGGUAGUAUGGCUGGUGCUGUUACUUAUCCUAAAGAUAAUAAGAAGGGUUGUAAGGAGUUUGAUGAUUUUGGGGUUUCUUUCAAGUCCAGACCUGGUGCUUUGCCAACUUUUGUUUUAUUGGAUCGUGGAGACUGCUUCUUUGCUUUAAAGGUUUGGAAUGCCCAGAAGGCUGGGGCUUCUGCAGUACUUGUUUCAGAUGACAUUGAGGAACCAUUAAUUACAAUGGACACACCUGAAGAGGAUGGUUCAUCUGCAAAUUAUAUUGAGAACAUAACAAUACCAUCUGCACUGAUUGAGAAGAGCUUCGGUGAAAUAUUGAAAAAAGCAUUAAGCAAUGGGGAUAUGGUAAAUGUCAACCUUGAUUGGAGAGAAGCUGUUCCACACCCUGAUGAUCGUGUAGAGUACGAAUUAUGGACCAAUAGCAAUGAUGAAUGUGGGGUUAAAUGUGAUAUGCUGAUGGAAUUUGUGAAAGAUUUUAGGGGUCCAGCACAGAUACUUGAGAAAGGUGGUUACACUCAGUUUACACCCCAUUAUAUAACCUGGUACUGUCCUCAUGCAUUCACUUUGAGCAGGCAAUGCAAGUCGCAGUGCAUAAAUCAUGGAAGAUAUUGUGCACCUGAUCCUGAACAGGAUUUCAGUACAGGUUAUGAGGGGAAAGAUGUUGUUCUUGAAAACCUAAGGCAACUGUGUGUAUUUAAAGUUGCAAAUGAGAGCAAGAGACCUUGGGUGUGGUGGGACUAUGUAACCGAUUUCCAAAUUCGAUGCCCCAUGAAGGAGAAAAAGUACAACAAGGAUUGUGCUGAUAAUGUUAUUAGAACCCUCGGUCUUGAAGUUAAAAGUGUUGAUAAAUGUAUGGGAGACCCAAAUGCCGAUUCUGAGAAUGCUGUUUUGAAAGAAGAGCAAGAUGCCCAGGUUGGAAAGGGAUCAAGGGGUGAUGUAACCAUAUUGCCAACUCUUGUUGUCAACAAUCGACAAUAUCGAGGAAAAUUGGAGAAAGGUGCUGUUCUGAAAGCCAUAUGUUCUGGUUUUGAGGAAACGACUGAGCCAGGUGUUUGUUUGAGUGGUGAUGUUGAGACUAAUGAAUGCUUGGAUAAUAAUGGGGGUUGCUGGAAAGAUAAAACAGCCAACAUCACGGCUUGCAAGGAUACAUUUCGUGGGAGGGUAUGUGAAUGUCCCCUUGUGUAUGGUAUUCAGUUCAAAGGAGAUGGUUACAGCCAUUGUGAAGUGAGUGGACCUGGGAAGUGCAAGAUAAAUAAUGGAGGCUGUUGGCAUGAUUCCCGAAAUGGACACACUUUCUCUGCUUGUUCGGAUGCUAAUGGUGGUAAAUGUGAGUGCCCUCCAGGGUUUAAAGGUGAUGGUGUGAAAAGUUGUGAAGAUAUUGACGAAUGCAAAGAGAAGAAAGCCUGUCAAUGUCCAGAUUGUAGCUGCAAAAAUACAUGGGGCAGCUAUGAUUGCACUUGCAGUGGAGAUCUUCUAUAUAUCAGAGACCAUGAUACCUGCAUAAGUAAGAGAGGCACUGAAGUAAGGUCGGCAUGGGCUGCUUUUUGGGUCAUUUUGAUAGGCUUGGCAAUGGCUGCUGGCGGAGCAUAUCUUGUCUACAAAUAUAGACUGAGGUCUUACAUGGAUUCUGAAAUCAGAGCUAUCAUGGCACAGUACAUGCCGCUGGACAGUCAAGCAGAAGUACCAAAUCAUGUCAACGACGAACGAGCUUGAAAAUGACUAUUAUCCAUAUUUCAGGGAUUUCAAGUGUUGCAGGGAUGACAUGGUUCAUUCCAUGUCCUUGAUCAAGUCCAGGAUUCGGUGCCUGGUUUUACGUCUGUAAUGUAUAUGGACAAUAAAAAUAUGCAGUAGGAAGUGUCCUGUUUACCAGAAUCAUAACAUAUUUAACAGUUGAAGUAGGGAUUGGAUUUGAGGCAGAUUAAGAGGGAUUUGGGCUGUAAUGUUUUAGAAUUUUCCGUACCCUUCCCUUAACUCCAGCCACUUAAUUUACGUGGCGAUUCUGUAAUUCAUCACUGCCCUUUUUUGUUCGGCUGUGGUUACGCCUUAUGUUUUAAUUUAAAGAACUCACAUGUUUAUUAUACGGAUGUUCAAAGACUGUUUUGAUGAAAGUAUAGCUUUUACCUUUUUCAA